AUGGAAAUUACUAAAAAUUUUAUCCAAGCAUUACAUAAUUAUGUCACCACACAAUUAGGAAAAUAUCCUUUAAUGGAACCUAGCAUUAAAUUAAGACAAUUACUUCAACAAACAGAUUCACCAACUAUUGAUUCAUCUAUAGAAAUCUUUAAAGAAUACAUUACUCGUUACGAAAUUAAACCGCUGUUCUAUCGUCUUUUGUUACAUCCAGGUAUAACAGAAGAACAAAUUGCAGAAUUUAUGUUUCAAAUAUGUCAAUUAGCUCGAGAAUUACCUACUGUUGAUUUAAUUGCUUUCUUUGAUGAAGUUAAUACAUCAUCUUGUCUGGGUUUAUUUAAAGAAAUGUUCAUGGAUGGUACAUUACAUGGAACAAAUAUACCAAAAAAUAUUUUCUUUACUGCUGCUAUAAAUCCAUUCAUGGCAAAAAAUGAGAGUAAAAAAAUUCAUCGUAGUGAUUAUCUUGUACAUAAAUUACCACGCGCAUUAGAAAAUUUAAAAGUUUCCUAUGGUUCUUUAGCAUCGGAAACAUUAGCUACUUAUAUUUAUAAAAAAAUAGCCAUGUUUCAAAUUAGUUCGAUAACUAAUGGUCGAAAAUCAAUGCCGCUGGAAGAUUACGUUCAACAUAUUUUAGCAGAAUGCAUUCUACGAGCGCAGGAAUUCUGUGAAAAACGUCUUGGUAGGGUUUUUGUUUUCUUUAUUCAGAAUUGUAUUGAAGUCUUCUACAAUAAGUAA